CCUAUAUCAUGCAUCAUCACGAUGGCAUCAUUUUCGAUACUUGAAGGAUGGACGUUAUCAGACAUGGUGUGGCUGAACUCAAUUGCAAAUCUAAAAAAUUUGUUGAAAACGUGAUAAUUGAGCGGCUAUAACAAAUAAAACGGAGAGUAUAAAUUGUGAACGAAUCAAUCAGCUGAAAUGAGUCACAUUUGCUCUAAACCUAUACUUAUUGGACCAUCAAUUUUAAAUGCGGAUUUGUCCAAACUAGCUGUUGUUUGUGAUCAUCUGCUCAACUCUGGCGCUGAUUAUCUACACCUCGAUGUUAUGGAUGGACAUUUCGUACCCAAUAUUACAAUUGGACAUCCUGUUGUAGCGUCUUUGAAGAAACACCUUCCAUCCAAGGCGUUUUUAGAUAUUCACAUGAUGGUUUCUAAUCCCGAAAAGUGGGUUGAAAAUAUGAAAGCUGCUGGGGCAAGCCAAUACACUUUUCACUUAGAAUCAACUGGAAAUGCUAUGCAUUGUAUUCACAAAAUACGUGAAGCUGACAUGAAAGUUGGUCUUGGUAUAAAACCAAAAACACCAGUCACCGAAGUAUUGCCUUAUGUUGACACCGUUGAUAUGGUCUUAAUUAUGACCGUCGAACCCGGUUUUGGUGGGCAAAAAUUUAUGGCAGAUAUGUUACCAAAGAUUAAGUAUCUUCGUGAAAGAUAUGCAAACUUGGAUAUUGAAGUGGAUGGUGGUGUCACCCUGAAGAACGUUCGAGAUUGCGUCGAAGCUGGAGCGAAUAUGAUUGUUUCUGGCACCGAAAUAACAAGUCAUGAAAAUCCUGCUCAUAUUAUUAAAUUGAUGAGAUCUAAUGCUGGUCAACUUUUUAAUUCACCACUCAUAGAUUAGUAAAACAUGAAUGAUCAUUUUUUCGUACUUUUCAUCAUCACCAUGUGCUAUUCCUUGAUGACCUUUUUAAAAUACAUUUGAUUUAAAUUACUAUUUGGAAAUCUGUCAACCAUCACCAAGGUCAAAAUUUUCAAUACAAAUGUCAAGGCAAGAAAACAAUUGAAAUUGUUAAAAAUAAACAAAGUUUAAAUACACCUUCACUAGUUGAUUGUCUAAUCAUAUUCUGAAGAUGGUUUAGUAUUCUGUGUAAAUUUGAGUUUGUUAGUGUAAAUCUGUCCAAAGUGCAACAACAUUCACCUGACAUGUGUACAUGAUUUGUUUCAUAAUUCAAUGAUUAUAUUGCGAAGAUCAUGUUCAUCAUUCUUGUAAUUAGAAAUUGUAUGUAGUCAGGAAUAAACUGAGCUUGUAACACUAAGCGUUGAUUGAUAAAUAGAUAUUAAUCUGUAUAUACAUUUCUAUCCCAGUCGAAAGCAGUAAAAAAAACCUAUUAUAUUGAAUAACCA